CGAAACUCACACUCUCCUACAUACUACUAUCACUGCGGAACGUUGAUUUCAACCCCAAAAUGUCUUCAAUCAUAUUUGUUCUGCAGGACCCGGUGAUCGUCAGGGAUUUCUUACGGACCAGGACACCGUUCGAGACAGCAAAGACAGCACUUUUCUUUUAUUUCGUCAUAACUCAAUCCCUUAAGCUCUGCAGGCAUGUCCAAGCUCGAGGCAUAACUGACUCUCUGAGAGACUCCUGGACAUGGACCUACAGACAAGUAUUAUUACUAGCGUUGAAAGUACCCUCAGUGCAGAAGGAAGUUCAGCAGCAGAUGAAUCAGGCAAGACUGGAUAUUGAGGGCAAGCUCGUACCACAAGGAGUCGAUGUGUCGCGGCAUCUCGUUCUCCCAGACGAAGGAAAAUCAGUGGGGUGGAUAAUAGCAGAGAUGGAGAAGAUGGAUGGCGAGCUGGGUCCGCAUGCUGAUUGGAAACAUGGGAAAUUAUCAGGGGCAGUCUACCAUGGGGGAGAGGAUCUGUCAAGAGUUAUCGUCGCUGCUUUUGAGCGUUAUACAGUUUCCAACCCUUUGCAUCCGGACGUCUUUCCUGCUGUCCGCAAGAUGGAAGCUGAGAUUGUCUCAAUGUGCCUACGGAUGUACAACAACCCGGAUGGAGCUGGUACUAUGACCUCAGGCGGUACUGAGUCCAUUGUCAUGGCUAUCAAAACAUAUAGAGACUGGGCACGAGAAGUGAAGGGUAUUACGGAGCCUGAGAUGAUUGUUCCAGCAACCGCUCAUGCCGCAUUUGACAAAGGCGCAGCAUACAUGAAAGUAAAAGUCCACUUGAUUCCAGUGGACCCAGUUACUCGAAAAGUAAAUAUCAAACGCGUUCGCAGAGCCAUACAAUUUCCAAUAGCAACCGAAACUACAAUCCUUCUUGUAGGAUCAGCCGUCAAUUUCCCGGAUGGAAAUCAGGACGAUAUAGUUGUUUUGGGCGAACUUGCUGCAAAGCACAAUGUUGGCCUGCAUGUUGACUGUUGCCUUGGGUCCUUCAUCGUGCCAUUCCUAGAGAAAGCAGGUCUAUCUGACGGAGAAGACGGAGGUGUAAGGUAUAAACUCAGUCCAUUCGACUUCAGAGUCCGUGGAGUUACUAGUAUCAGUUGUGACACUCAUAAGUAUGGGUUUGCACCCAAGGGGUCUUCUGUAAUCAUGUAUCGCGACGCUGCGUUACGGCGUCAUCAAUACUAUAUCACACCUUACUGGACAGGUGGAGUCUAUGCCAGCCCGAGUUUGUCAGGCUCCCGACCUGGUGCGUUGAUCGCGGGAACUUGGGCUGCGAUGCAAUACAUGGGAUCAGAUGGUUAUCUCAAGUCCUGCCGCGAAAUUGUUUCGUGCGCGCGUAUGAUUGCCAACACCAUUACAAAUUCCAUUCCGGAACUGUAUGUACUUGGCUCCCCGCCCGCUUCUGUUGUCGCAUUCGGGUCCAAGUCUCCUGAGGUGGACGCCCACGAGGUUGGAGAUGCAAUGUCGAAGAGAGGCUGGCAUCUCAAUGCGCUGACCGGACCGGCCGCGGUACAUAUCGCAUGCACACGCCUUACACUCCCGCUUAUUGAUACGUUCAUAGCAGAUCUCAGGGACUCCGUGCAGGAGGCCAAAUUGACGCCAUCUGGGAAGGGAACGAUGGUUAGGCUCUACGGACUUGGAAAAUCCAGUGCCGUUGGUCCAGAGAUGGUCAGCGAGCUUGCUACGAUGUUCUUGGAUACAUUGUACAAGGCUUGAGGCAAUACUCUGACUUUGCUGCGUAGUUAUGGAGCAGUCUUGUACAUGUG